AUGGAGGCUGAGUCAUCUCUGAAGCGAGGAUCCUCCUCUGCCAUCGCCAUCAUCAUCAUCAGGAACAGCAACAGCAUGCACACGAUCUGUGUGCGUCUUAUGACUGACCCAAAACAAACACAGCAGCCUGUGGACCGCACGCGUGUGUCUCUGUUGUACCCGCUCGGCUCGGCUCGGGUCUAUGGGCAGGAGUCAGGACGGCAUCACAGCCUCCUCCGCUCCGCCGCAGCGCGCACAGCUCCGCGGUCAUGGAUUAAAGCGACAGAGAGAGUCUAUGUGAAGUCCCGCGCUGCUCCGGCCUGGACCGCUGUCUUGAGCCGACAAGGCCGGGGCUGCUCCACUGGGAUGGGCCGAUGGGACGGAGCAGAGGGUCUGGCAUGGGACUGCACUGAUUUGCUGGGAUCUGGGCUUGAGCUCAGCAUCAUCACAUGUGGGAACAUCGGUGUGAAUGAGCAUCACGUGAGGCCGGUGUGGUCAGAGGCUGCUCUUAUUGGUACCCUCAUCUGCCCCUCCUGUUCCUCCUGGACCAGGGCUCUCUGA